UGAUGUGUUGUACGUAAAACAUGACGUAGUAACGCAUCUUGCAAAAAAAUUUUUUCUUUUUAUAAUUUUCGUUUAAAUUGAAAAAAAGUUUCAAAAUAAAAUUAAUUUUUUUUUAUCUGAAAAAAAAAAUACGUGAAAAAUUAUUAAAACGGUUUCGUGUUUUAUAACAAAUAAAAAAAAUUUUUGAGAAAAAUUAAAAAAAAAAAAUCCUCAAAAAAAACAAUAAAAAAUUAUAAAUAAAAUCUACAACAAAAAGUGAAAACAAAAACAAUAAAUAUUUUUGCAAUUACAUGAUCAAUAAAUCUGUAAUUAUCAGUGUAACAAGCAGUGUUGAUGAAUAAAUCAAGUGCAGUUUUACAUGCUAAAUUACAACAACAAUAAUAAUAUAAUCAACAAAACAGCAACAACAACAAAAGCAGACGCACACACAUUUCAUACUUAAUUCAUCUUGAGACAAAAAAUAAAUAAAUAAAAAAAACAAAGUGUUGGUUAACUAUUUAUUUGUUCUCAGUUGGUUGAUGUGUUCCCCAUGGAUUAAAUUUCACCUCAUUUUUUUUUUCUUAAAUCUGCUGUAGAACGUAUUUUUUACUCCAUUUUCGUUUGUCUGGUUCAUUCGUUCGUACGUUAGUUUUUUUUUUUUUUAUUUUACGUAUCGCCACCUUUCGUCUAUAAUUAUACUCAAACGUGAUCACGAGCCUCACACCAAAAAAUAUUAAACUACAGCAGCAGCAAAAACAACAACAGCAACAAGUUUGCCAAAGUAACAACAAUCACAUCACUUCCAUCUUCAACAACAAAAAAGCUGUGAACUUAAAAUUUUCAGCAUAAAAACCUUAAGGAACAAAAACAAGAGCAACAAAAAAAUUUACAAAAAAAAACUUUUAUCUCUAAAAACAACAAAACCCCAAGAAGAAGAAGAAAAGCUUUACCAACAACAAACACACAUAAACAAGGAUUGUUUUACGUAUCGUUUUAAUACGAGAAGAAGAACCCUUAGUAUAUAAACUUAAAGGCUGUUGGUUAUUAUUGCUUUUAUGAACUUGAAAGGGAACUUCAAUACACAAACACAACAACAACAACUACAACAAUAGGCAGAGUAAAGAAGAAAAAAAAACAAUAACAUUGACGCCAUUGAGACCGAAGAACGAUCAUCAUCGUUUGUUUAGGCUUAACUUCGUUGUUUGAAUGCAUGAGUUUGUUGCUUAAAUUUACCUUUAACAACAAUAGCAACAACAACUACAUACUACAAUAAUAAAUACAACAUCAUUAUCUGCGUCAUCAUCAUCAUCCUUUUUAUUUUUCACGAAAUUAAAACAAAAAUCCAGUUUAUAACUCGUCGUCUUCUAGUUUUCCCUUCGUAAGCAGUAAACAUUGAAUAAUCAAGUGAAGACUGAGUGGAGAAUACCUUGAACAAUCGAGAGAUAAAGAGAGAAUCGUGCAAUCAGUUUUUUUUGUUCUUCUUUAAAUAUAUUUGUUGCAUUUCUUCUUUUGUUAACGUUUUCACAACAUUGACAAUUGAACAGAAAAAUCUAUACAAAUCAAACGUCAUUUGAUUUUCUAACUUUAAAAACAAUAACAAGAAAAAAAAACAAUGUCCAAGUUAUAAACCUGGCCUGAAGAACAAAAUCUUAAAAAAAAACAAUAUCACAGUGUUACACACACUCUCGCUCUCUCUCUCUCUCUCUCUUUUAUUGAACGUCCACAUUCUCUUUAGUUAGCUGAGCAUUUCUUUAAGGAAUAAUUCCGUAGAUUUUUGAACAACAACUUUUACAGACUUCCAACUACGUAGACAUGGCGCCGAAAUCCAGAAAGAAGAAGGCAAAUGCCCGUACUUUGACCUGCUAUUGUGAUGGCAGUUGUCCCAAUAAUGUUAACAAUGGCACCUGUGAGACCCGUCCCGGAGGUUCCUGCUUCAGUGCAGUUGAGGAGGUAUACGAUGAAACCACUGGCACCUAUGAAGAAGAGCGAACAUUUGGUUGUAUGCCACCAGAGGAAAAUGGUGGUUUUCUAAUGUGCAAAGUUUCCACAGUACCCCACCUGCAUGGCAAAAAUAUUGAUUGCUGUGACACGGGUAACUAUUGUAAUCGUGAUUUACAUCCUGCCUUUACACCAAAACUUACCACACCUGCCCCUGAAUUGCCAGUUAGUUCACAAUCUGUCCAUUAUUUGGCCAUGAUUGCCUCCAUGAUCAUUUGUCUGACUGCCUUUAUUGUCAUUGUGGUUAUCGUGUGCAUGACCUAUAGGCGAAGGGAGAAACUGAGAAAACAACCGCGUUUGAUAAGCAGCAUGUGUAAUAGCCAACUAUCACCCUUGUCACAAAUGGUCGAACAGAGUUCAGGUUCGGGAUCGGGACUACCUUUACUGGUGCAGAGAACUAUUGCCAAACAAAUACAAAUGGUUAAAUUGGUGGGUAAGGGACGUUAUGGUGAGGUCUGGUUGGCUAAAUGGCGUGAUGAAAAGGUGGCCGUUAAGACUUUCUUUACCACAGAAGAGGCUUCUUGGUUCCGGGAAACUGAAAUCUAUCAAACGGUGCUAAUGAGACAUGAAAAUAUUUUGGGCUUUAUAGCGGCUGAUAUUAAGGGUAAUGGUAGCUGGACUCAAAUGUUGCUGAUAACUGACUACCAUGAGAAUGGCAGUUUACAUGAUUAUCUCUCGACUUCGGUUAUCAAUCCCCAGAAAUUACAAUUAUUGGCUUAUUCUUUGGCCUCUGGUUUGGCACAUUUGCAUGAUGAAAUUUUCGGCACACCCGGCAAACCUGCCAUUGCUCAUCGUGAUAUUAAAAGCAAGAAUAUAUUGGUGAAACGUAAUGGCCAGUGUGCUAUAGCCGAUUUUGGUUUGGCUGUCAAAUAUAUAUCCGAAUUGGAUGAAAUACAUAUUGCUCAAAAUACCCGUGUAGGCACUAGACGUUAUAUGGCUCCAGAAGUUUUAAAUCAAAGUCUUAAUCCCCAACAAUUUGAAGAAUUCAAGAGAGCCGAUAUGUAUUCAGUGGGUUUGGUAUUAUGGGAAAUGGCCAGACGUUGUUAUACCCCCAUACCCGGCUCAAAGGCCACCACCUGUGAAGACUAUGCCUUACCCUAUCAUGAUGUAGUGCCUUCAGAUCCCACUUUUGAAGAUAUGCACGCUGUGGUGUGGGUCAAGGGCUUUAGACCGCCCAUACCCUCACGUUGGCAAGAGGAUGAUGUUUUGGCUACAGUGGCCAAGAUUAUGCAAGAAUGUUGGCAUCCUAAUCCUACAGUGCGUCUGACAGCACUGAGAGUUAAAAAGACUUUAGGUCGUUUAGAAGCGGAUUAUGUGGACUGUCCUAUGAAAAUUGUAUAAUUUUUAAGAAUAGACUUAUUUUUUUUAAGUUUAAUUUAGUUAAACUUUGUAAUUUAAGUUAUUUUAUAGUUUUUCUAAGUUUAUAAUAGUUUUGUAUUGUUUUGUUUAGAUUAUUUUUGAGAAAAAGAACGCUUUUUGUUUAAAAAUAUUGCAGUAGUUAAAGGAACUUGUUAAUAUUUUCCGAAAAAAUAGUUUCUUGUAAAAAUAUAAUAUUGUUUGUUUAUUAUUAUUUUUUCUAAUUGUUAGAAAUUUUAGUUCUUUUUUUUAUUAAAUUAAUAUUAUUUAGCCUUAACUUUGUACUAUAUACUUAUAUACAUAUUUAGAGUUAAUUAUAUACAUGACAUUAUUUUAAUUUCAUUUUAAAUAUUUGAGGGUUUUUUAGACUUUCUGUAAAUUGAAAACAACUGUUAAAACUAAAAUAAGAAAUUUUGUAUUUAAAAAGUGCCUUAAAAUGUUAGUUUGAAACUUGGGACUGAUUUCUUUGACUCUGAACAGUGCCUUACAAAGUUCUUUUAGAAAUAGAAAAAUUUCAAAUCCUAACCAUUUUGAAUUUUAACGAAUUAUAUAGAACAUAUGAUUCUAGAUUCCAUAAACUAAACAAUUGUAGACUAAAGUCAAGACUCUAGACUUGUAGUCAGGACUAUACUAUUUUCAGAAUUCUUAAGGCUAUGGAUUAGACGAUUUUCAAGAUUAUAAACUAGAGUAUAGCCAUGACUGUAAUCGGAACUAUAAACUGAGCUACAGUCAUAAUUAUAGAUAAAGCUAUAGACUUAGAUAUAGCCAAGACUACAGAGUACUAUAGACUACAUUAAAAACUCAAAAGUAUGCUAUGGACUGGACUAUAUGAUAGACUAUAGAAUAAAUUAUAAACUAGUCUAUCGACUACACUAUAAGCUAGACUAUAGACUUGAUUAUAGAAUAGACUGUGGGCCUAACUGUAGUUUAGGCUAUCGACGUAUAUUAUACUAUUGAUAUUCACACUAGACUAUAUAGACAAGAUUUUAACCUAGAUUAUAGAAGAAAUUUUAGUUCAUAUUACCGAACCAAAUCAUAGUCCUGAUUACGGACCAAACUAAAGUAUAAACUAUAUACUAAACUAUACAAGAACAUGUACUAAAUUAUAGUAAAGAAUAUAGUUUAACCAUGAUCCAAAAUAUAGACUAAACUAUAGUCCAGAUUAUAUUCUUUAGAUUUGAUUAUUGGCUAAACUAUUGUCCAGAUUAUCAACUAAACUCUAGUAUAGACUUUAGAGUAUACUAAAUACUUAACUAUAGACAAGACUGUAGACUAGACUAUAGACUGAACUAUAAUUCUAAUAAAACAAUAGUCCCGACUAUAGUCUCAACAAUAGUCCAGACUAUUGUUUCAACAAUAGUCCAGACUUUAGUCUCAACUAUAGUCCAGACUAUAGUCUCAACUAUAUUCCAGACUAUCAAAUAAUCUAUAGAAUUACCUUUAGUUUAGACUUUAGACUAAACUGCAGUUGUUGUAACAGGUUGGCUGUAACUAGAUGUUCUUCCCUGGGAAAAAAAACUUCCGAUUGAUACAGCUGUUGCUGAGUUGACAAUCUUUGGCCGAUUGAGAAUCGGAUCGUUCCGUAGCGGAGAUACAAUUGUCGUAGAAACGACUAAACUAUAGACCAGACUAAAGGUUGAAAUAUAUUUCAGACUAUAGACUAAACUAUAGUCUGUAUUAAACUUUAAUACAGACUAUAAACUAAACUAUAGUACAGACAAUAGAUUAAACUAUAGUUCAAACUAUAGUUCACACUAAAGACUAAAUUAUAGGAAAGAGCAUAAACUAAACUAUAGCCCAGACUAUACGUAGACUAAACUGUAGUUCAGAAUAUAGACUAAACUACACCCUCGACUAUAGACUAAACUACAGUCCAGACAAUAGGCUAAUAUAAAACCUAAACUAUAGUUAAGAAUAUCGACUAAACUAAACUAUCGACUAUAGACUAAACUAUAGUAUAGACUAAUAUAAAGCCUAGACUAUAGACUAGACAACAAACUAGAAUCUAGUCAAGAUUACAGACUAAACUAUAGUUCAGAUUAUGAAAUAGAAUAUAGAUUUAACUAUGAACUAAAUUGUAGUCCAGAUUAUAGAUUUUAGACUAAACUACAGUUCUGAUUAUAGACCAAAUCAAAAGUUGAAUUUAGCUUAAAGUCUAAAGUCUAAGACUUUAGUAAAGAUUAAACUAUAUUCCAGAUGUUUACAAAACAAAAACCUUCAGCCCUCAAAUUAAAAAAAAGCAUUUUCAUUAUUUUUUAACAUACUUGUACAAAGUCAUUAUUUCUUGCUUACUAUAUACAUAUAUAAACCAACUAACUAACAAAAAUUUAAUUUAAAUAUAAGUAAAAGUCUUAUUCCUAAGCAAUUAUCAAAGUUUUAUAUAUCAAAUAAAAUUACUUGUAUAAAACUUUGGUACAUGAUUAAGAAUAAGUCUUAUAUAAAUAUUAACUUUAAAAUAUAAGAAAUAAAAAAAAAAACUUUUAGAAAAACAAAAAAAUAUGCAAACAUUUUAAAAAUUAUCUA